CUGUGUUGUUGUGUCUCACAUAGGAAACAUUUCACCUCGUGCAGCAACAAUGAGUUCAGUUCAGGCUUUGAGAGAGUUUAUCAAGCAGCGACUAACUGCUGCUGCUGGAGAAAUAUUCACCGUGUUUCAACAAACUGUGGUUCCGUUCGAGGAGGAGAUUUAUCGACAGCAAAGACUUCUGGAAAUCAACUGGAAACAUCAAGUCAAGUUACACAGAACAGAGAGUCUACAGCAACACAUUGGUCACCAGAAGACGAGCUCCAGCCUGGAGCAGGAGGAACAUGAAGCUCCACACAUUAAAGAGGAGGAGGAUGUUGUUGAGGUGACUGUUACUGAUGGUGAAGGAGACAAUUCCCACCACUCUGUGAGAGACUUGACCACCCAGAGACUAGCUGCUGCUGCUGAGGAGAUAUUCACCCUGUUUCAAAAAGCUGUGGUUCAGUACGAGGAGGAGAUUGACCGUCAACGCAGAAUGCUGGAAAUCAAAUGGAAUCCUCAAAUCGACUUGUACAGAACAGAGCUCCCACAGCACCAUGACCACAGCGAGAAGCAGCUCUUUAAACUGGAAACGAACGCCUGUGGAGAUAAGGAAGAACCAGACCCUCCUCACAUCAAAGACGAACCAGAAGAACCAGGACUUCUCCAGUUUAAAGAGGAACAGGAGGAACCAGAAUCUCCAAAGAUCAAAGAGGAACCAGAAGAACCAGGACUUCUCCAGUUUAAAGGGGAAAAGGAGGAACCAGAACCUCCACAGAUUGAAAAGAACAAGGAACUCGGUAUCAGCCAGGAGGGAGAGCAACUCAUACUGAAGCUACCAAGUAGAUUAAAUUUGGUUCUGGAGCAAAGUGACCUGAGUGAACCAGAAGAAGUUCCAGACACUCAGCAGAUCCUCUCUCAGGACACUAAAGUCCAUGAUGUGAAAAAUAACACGGGUGAGAAGCCAUAUUCUUGUGAAACAUGUGGGAGAAGUUUCAGUCUACAGAGUAGUUUGUCGCGUCACAUGAGAAGUCACUCUGGUGAGAUGCCGUAUUCUUGCGAAACAUGUGGUAAACGUUUCAGUCAAAAAAGACAUUUUUUGAACCACAAGAGAACUCACACAGGCGAGAAGCCGUAUUUUUGUGAAACGUGUGGAAAAAGUUUCAGUGAGAAAAGUUAUCUUUUGAUCCACAAGAGAAUUCACACAGGUGAGAAGCCAUUCUCUUGUGAAACAUGCAGCAAAAGUUUCAGUCGACGGAGUUAUUUGACAAGCCACGAGAGAACUCACACAGGUGAGAGGCCUUAUUCUUGUGAUAUGUGUGGCAAAUGUUACAGUAACAAAUAUUAUUUGUCUGUCCACAAGAAAACUCACACAGGUGAGGAGCCAUAUUCUUGUGAGACAUGUGGCAAAUGUUACAGCAACAAAUAUUAUUUGUCUGUCCACAAGAGAACUCACACAGGUUUGAUGCCGUAUUCUUGUGAAACGUGGCAAAUGUUACAGGAACAAAUAUUCUUUGUCUGUCCACAAGAGAACACACACAGGUGAGAAGCCGUAUUCUUGUGAAACUUGUGGCAAAAGUUUCAAUAUACUUUGUUCAUUGAGACGCCACAUGAAAUUCCACAAAUAGAUGAAGUUAUGAAAGACGCUGAGGAAGAUCUCAUUCAGGAAGUCUAGCUUGACCACAAACUUACAAGGUCCAGUUUAAUGGAAACAUUCCUGAUUUAAACAGUUGAGACUGUGCUUCAAUAAGUUUUCUUUUUCUGGUUUGUGAGAAAAAUGAGAAAAUUUGAAUCAAUUUAUUGUCCAGGUAUGUUGACCGACACAAGGGCUGAUAAACAUUCCCCUGGUUGGAUCAUGAACUUGAGUACCGCAUUUAAUUUUUUAUAUAUUUGUAACAACCAUUUUUUAUUUUAUGAUUUGUAAAAAAGAAAAAAAAAAUGCAUGACAAAUUUUCCAUGAGUAGAUGUGAACUUUGAUUAAAUACAAUG